ACUGAACCCGUAACUGAAUAACUGUAACAAGGAAAAAGGGGGGAAGAGGAAGAAGAAGAAGGAAGUAGGGUUUGCAGUGUCGAUGGCUAAAGUGAAAGAGAUACUUGGGGACCUACAGAGGGACUCUUUCGUGGAACUGCUCUCGAAACUCAUCGGAGAAUCAAAGUACGUGCAGAACAACCCCCCGGAGCUGAUUCCAGAAGAAGACAGGGUGGUCAAGCACGUGCUCGACUCCCUCCUCCCCUUAAGCACCACCACCGGCGGCGGUCCCUUGAUCCUCAACCAUGUCACCUACUUCCCCGGCAGAGGCAACCUCAUCGUCGAGUAUCCCGGCACCUCCCCGGACAAAAUCCUCUCCUUCGUUGGCUGCCACAUGGAUGUCGUCACCGCCAACCCCAACGAUUGGGAUUUUGAUCCGUUUACGUUGAGCAUUGACGGGGAUAAGCUUAGGGGUCGUGGAACCACUGAUUGUUUGGGACACGUGGCACUUGUGACGGAGCUCUUCAGGAAGCUCGGGGAUACCAAGCCCAGUUUGAAAUCGAGUGUUGUUGCUAUUUUCAUAGCGAAUGAAGAGAAUUCUGCCAUAACUGGAGUUGGUGUUGAUGCUCUCGUUAAAGAUGGCCUCCUUAACAAGCUUAAGAAAGGCCCACUGUUUUGGAUCGAUACGGCUGAUAAACAACCUUGUAUAGGAACUGGUGGAAUGAUACCUUGGAAACUUCAUGUCACCGGAAAACUCUUUCACAGUGGGUUAGCUCAUAAAGCUAUAAAUCCUCUGGAGCUAGCCAUGGAUGCUCUAAAGGAAAUCCAGUCACGAUUUUAUGAAGACUUUCCACCACAUCCACAGGAACAGAUCUAUGGGUUCGCCACCGCAUCAACCAUGAAACCAACCCAAUGGAGCUAUCCUGGAGGUGGAAUCAACCAAAUUCCAGGGGAAUGUACUAUUUCAGGAGAUGUCAGGUUAACCCCAUUUUACAAUGUGAAGGAUGUAAUGACAAAGCUGCAAGAAUAUGUGGACAACAUUAAUCUCAACAUACAUAAGCUAGAAACACGGGGUCCUGUUUCAAAAUAUGUCUUGCCUGAUGAUGACUUAAGGGGAAGCCUUACUCUAACUUUUGAUGAGGCAAAUUCUGGAGUAGCUUGUGAUCUUAAUUCCAGAGGCUACCAUGUUUUGUGCAAAGCAACUGAAGAAGUAGUUGGGCAUGUGAAGCCUUACUCAAUUACUGGAAGUUUGCCACUCAUUCGGGAGCUACAGGAUGAAGGUUUUGAUGUCCAAACUGCUGGAUAUGGUCUAAUGGCCACAUACCAUGCCCAGAAUGAGUACUGCCUUUUUACGGACAUGUCUCAAGGGUAUCGAGUUUUUGCAAGCAUCAUCGCUCAGUUAGAGGAAGAUUGAGACUUCUAAUUGAACUUCAUUCUAGCAUUCCACGGCCUAUGAAUAUGUCAUUGCUGCUAAAGCCGAAGGAAGACCUUAAGUGACUCUAUGUAUUCAUUGUAUGUAUGAAGUAGAAGUUUGGUGGUAUUGAUUUCUACACUAGUCUUACGAAAAUAGUUGACUUAGUAUACUAUUAUCUAAGUUAUAUGUUGUUUUAUACUAUUAUUAAUAUGUAUUUUCUUUUCCUUUUUGGGUGAUAUAUAACGCUCCAUGUGAGAAAAUGUUCAAUUAAAAUUUUCUGUUUUAUCUACCCAAAAU